UUCUCCAUUGUGAAGCUGGCGAAGUUUCCUGUAUGAGAAAUUGAGAAGAAACCGACCAGGGCUAUAAACUCCGCUAUAAAGCAGGAUCGCUGGCUAUGACGGAAGGAACAUGCAGUGCGGCGAGCCGCCACCUGCUGCUCCCUCGACGGCACCAAGAAUCCACGAAGAGGCGCAAGAAGGCCAGCGAGGCCACGAUAAGAGAGUAUUGGGCGGAGCUAGGCCAAAAAGGACCCCGGGGGUCGGAGAUUGAAGGAUCUGAGAUGGCUAGGAAUUUGACAAGGAAAUCUUUCGAGGAGAAUGAAUCCAAUGUUGAUCUUAUGGAGCACUACAAAUAUAUUCUGUCUAAGUUGUUGCAAGGGCAAGAUGACUCUUUUUGCAAAGGAGUUAAUAACGAAGAUCGAGACACUAAUUCCCAAAAUAAGGGCAAGGAAGGCUACAUUUGCAAGAAAACUUUUCCAUUAUUCAAGGAACAAUUCGGAGGCCUAUCAAAGAAUGAUAAGGAGCAAAUAAAGCUCGCUCUUCAUGAGAUUAUUACAUUCUUCAACAAUGAUGUGGAUGAGGUCGAUCGAGAUAUUCAGGCAAUGGAAGAAAAUGGCGAAACAUGUCAAGAGGCUGUGAAGAAGUUAUCUACUGGUUUGUUGGGAAAGCUUGGUAAAAUGGCGAAAGGUGUCGACGACUUGCUAAAUACAGCAGCAUCCAAAUGCAGACCUAUGAGUACUAAGGAGAAGAUUGAACUUGGUAAGUGCAUCCGAAAGCUCCCAGAGGAGGCACUUAAUCGCCUUGUGGAGAUAAUUACAACAAGGAAACUGGCAAGUCAGAAUUCUGAUCGGAUAACCAUGAACUUGGGAGAAUUGGAUAAUGCAACAUUAUGGAGGCUGUAUUACCACGUGGAGUAUGCGCUAAAAGAAAACAAGAAAUGAUUCUCAAUCCUCCAUGGCCAUAGCAUCCAGAAUGGAUUCUAAACUGAAUAUCCAGUGUGAGCCCUACCACAACUUGAAGGAGCACUUGCACGCUGGUUAUGAUCUUGGGCGCAGUACAUUGGGAUUACCAUGUUUUUGCACCAUUGGCCUUGACGAAUCAUUAGUACUUAAGCCUGUAACAUCUGUGUGUGUGCAUGGACAUGUGCUGUCAAUGAGGGCUGUGGCGUGCAAAUAGCCUCAUGGAUAGCGUGUUGAGAUUACCGGGGGGGGGGGGGGGGUAGUGCUGUGAGUUAGAAAAAAAUAGUGUUGUGACUUGUAACCCAAGGUCAGUGGUGGCAUUCUGACCUGCAAAAAGACAUGGCAUCAAUUUAGUUACUUUUAUUCUUCCUAGUCAUGGUCUCCUUACAUGGUUUGGCGACCCUAGGUCCAGGCAUAGAAGAUAAAAAAGUAUCUUGUAUUGCAAUGACACCACACUAACGAACGGUGAUUGGUGGAUGGUCGAGUGUCACAUUGCAUCAAUCAAAUCCUCUUCCUCCUUUGUGGCUUAAAGGAAA